GGCUUCGCCGGGGCUUUGAAUCGGUCCAGCCGGCCUUCGGGGGCAACCUUCGAACCCCAGACAUGGGAGGAAAAUAUCAGAGGCUCAAAAGGCAGAAAGAGAAACAUUUCAAGUCGCCCAACACGACCCUGAAGCACUUUCUCAGUUCUUUCUUACCCCAAAUCUUCGUCUCCUUCCUGUGGAGCAAACCUGAUGAAUUUCGGCCGACCAAGUUUUUUCUCGGGGCAGGACUCGGGAUAUUAUUUGCCUUGAGUCUUGCCAGAAUCCUGAUUUUUCCCAUGACCAUCAGGGAACAGACCAAAUUCGAACUGUUGGCCGGCAUGGCAGGCGUGGCUGCUGUUGGAUGGGGCGUCUCUCCGCAAUUCCGAUGCGCCAGCCUCUUGGUAGUUCCCAAAUUCAUGGGGAAGGAAGGACGGCUUUAUAUUCUCACGUACAUGCUAGCCGCUGUCUUUGACGGCCCGGUGGCAAAUAUUCGUCACAAUCUCGGUGAAGUGGUGCGAUCCAUCAGCUGCACGGUAGAAUUGCAGAUCGAAAACUCCAAAAAGGCGUGGAAAAUUUCCUUGGCGCCGAUGCGGAAAAUCCUCAAAGACAUGGUGAGAAGUGGGAAGACGUUGAGAAGCGAGUCCCAAAAUAUCUCGCGGUCCUUCGCGGAGCUGAACAAGCAAGUGGCGAGCCGAGCCGGCACGGAAAGCCGGUUGGCGCGCGAAGCCGAAGGGAGCGCCUCGACGCAGGAAGUCUACGAGGCAAAGACGCGGAUGCGUUGCAAAAGUAUCAUCCAGCAGGCCAUCAAGCGUUGUCAGACCUGGUUCCAGACCAAACAUCGGUCUUGCAUGCAGACGAUCGCCGUGCCCCUGGUCAACCACCUGCUGUGCAUUCCCAUGAAAUUCAACUUCCUUUGCCAUUUGGCCAAAGUGAUGAACACGUGGUGCCAGGACAAGAUCCCCGUGGAAGGCAACUUUGGGCAAACGUACGACCGGGUGAACAGCUCGGUGGAAAAUUUAAACCAAGAUUUCACCGCCAGCGUUGUCAUCCAGGAAGAGCAGCAAGAGAUGCUGGUGGGGGCGAACCUGUCGUCCCACAAACACCUGGUAGACAACGUCAACGAGCAGGUGUACCAGAGCGGGAAAGACCUGGGAACAGCCCUCAACAUGAUGCGGGUCCUGCUCUCCUGCAUGUUUAUCCUGGUUUUCGCCUCGGCUUAUUCCUACACCAACAAAUACAACGAAGACAUCCGUUUUGAUAACCUCUAUGUCUCCCGUUACUUCCGGCAGAUUGACGCAAGGCGCCGCAAACAGAAGAAGCGGACCCUUCUGCCCCUGCGCCGUGCGGAGGAAAGCCGGAUCGUCGACCCCCUGCGCCUGGCCUUCCAGCCAGCGGAGACCAAGAGUGUGUUGCUGGAGCUUCUGGGCUGCCUGCCCCCCCUGGUCUUCCUGUUGACCGCCUGUGCUCUGGACUCGCUCCUCUACACCAUUUUCAGCACCAUCCGGAACCACUCCUUCAUCCAGUAUUCCUUCCGCAGCAGCCACCACUUGGAAGUCAAGGUUGGCGGAGAAACCAUGAUGGCCCGACUCCUCCGGAGCACCAUCGGGGCCCUGAACACCUCCUCCGAAAUGGUCAUGGAGACCAACAACCUGCAGUGUUUGCCAGAACCGCGAGGGAUGAGCCAGGAUGAGUACAUGAAGGCCGCCAUCCCGCUAGGCGCCCUGCUGGUGCUAUGCUUCCUGCAAGUCUACGUUUUCCGCAUCCGGAGAGUCAUCGCUGCCUUCUAUUUCCCCAAGCGCGAGAAGAAGCGAAUUAUCUACCUCUACAACGAGAUGUUGCGCCAGCGCAUGGCCUUCGUGAUUGUGCAACGCAAACGCAUCAUUCUGCGCGCUCGGAGGCGCAAGAGAGUGAGAAAGCCGCUGCUGAACCAGAUCGGACGCUGGUGCCCCUUCCUGAAACGGUUCCUGAUCCGGCGCUGCAUCCUUUGCAACCGGCCCGAAUCCCGCCGUUCGUUGACGUGUUCGAAUCCCGACUGCGAGACCGUUUACUGCCGGGUUUGCUGGAAAGACCUCGGCAAAACCUGUUUCGCCUGCAAUCCGGAUGAUCUGGUUUCGGAUGACGAGAGCAGCGACGGGGAAACGGGCUACGCCGAUUAAAUUGUGGCAUUUCCCCCCCCCCUCUGCCUUUGGGUAUUAAAUGGAGUUUUAAAGGUUUUGAGGCAGAAAGGUUGGCAGUUCGGCGGUUCAAAUCCCUCUCAAAGUAACAGUGACAGAGUUGGAAGGGACCUUUGAGGUCAUCUAGUCCAACCCCCCGGCUCAUGUUCGAAUCUCCCCUGGGAUUCGAACCGCCAACCUUUCUGACCGACACGUGUCAGCGUCUUAGUCACUGAGCCACCUAGGGAGCCGCUAGCAUAGCAGGGGGUUGGACUAGAUGACCUCCAAGGUCCCUUCCAACUCUGUUAACUUGUUAAAUAGGCAGGUCCCUGUUUAGGGACUUCAUCGGACAGCGACGGCUUAUGUAAAUUGACAAUUAUUUAUAGUUGCAGUGAUGUUGAAAACGUCAUUUUAUUGAGUGAUUUAGGAAAUUUAUAUUCGCGCGUGGCGACGCCAGGCGGCUUACAAGAAUAUGAAAAACCUCAUAUAAAAAAACAAUAAAACUAAUAAAGGAGAGAAUUGUAUAAUAAAUUAAUAAAAUAAUAAAAUAACCCCUCCCCACCAGCGACAACACAUCACACAAGCCAUUUAAUGGGCUCCGUCCCGCUCUGCGACCAAUUCCUCGCAUGAAUGACCUUCGAGGGCCUGCCGAGCAAAAGGACUGCCGGAAUCAGAUCGUAAGCACGACCACGGCUUCGCUUAGAGACGGCUUCGCUUAACGGCCACGUUGCUAGUCUCCGCUAUGGUUGCUAAAUCAGAAUGAGGUGUGUUUUAAGUAAUCUUACGCAAAUACCCAGAGAUUUGGGGCAGUGUAGAAGUUGAGGUUUUAAGAAGAGAGUAGACGGCCGUUUGCCUGAAAGCUUCCUGCCUGAGCAGGGGGUUGGACUAGAAGACCUCCAGGGUCCCUUGCAACCCUGCUAUUCUGUUAAAAUCUCCAAAUACCCACUAUAAAAUUAAAAUUAAAUUCCAAGGCAGGA